UCAAGUGAGGGUCAUGUUUCUCGUUCUUAUUUCAUUGAAAUAAUGAGUUUCAUUUUGAAGCGUUUAAACAAUGAAGAAACAAUUCUUCUCAGCCGGCAAUGUUACAAAACCUGUGGACGCGACAAGACGAAUAAUAUUGUUUGCCUCAGCCCAGUAGUUUCUCGUUUUCACUGCGUAUUCUUUCAGAAGGAUGAUGGAAUUGACAUCAUCGAUCUGGGGAGUGCAAACGGCACGUUCGUGAACGGUACAAAAGUCACACCAAAGGUGAAGACUACCCUGAGCGUGAACGAUACAGUGGGUAUCGGUUGUUUCAACGUCGAAUCUCUCGAGGCUCAGGACUUCGUGUACCUCCUGCAACUGAGUCCAGAUGACUCUCCGAAUAAUGAUCCAGGUCCCAGCACAAAACGUAAGAUCGACUCAGACUCCACCCCAAACAUACCCAGAAAGGUGAUAAGGGUGGAGGAUCCAGAGGUAAUCAGUAUCGACGACGACUCCGAGGAGAGUUCACCUGUGACGAGCUCGAGAGCCCGAAAAAAGAAGUUGACUUCACCGGGAGCAAGAAAAUCCUCUCGAGUUCUCGAGGAUGACAACUCCGAUGAGGACUUGAGGGAACGUCUUCGGAAGAAACGAAGAUCGAAAAAUGCCUCAGUGGAUUCAGAAAAAACAGCUGAGAACGGAGUGAAGCUGCUGAACGGACACUUAACGCCGAAUCCUAGAGACCCAAAGUCCCCAGUGGUGAUAAAAUAUGAAUUGGACGUCAGAGACCAUGUACCUCAGCCUUGUGCCUCUUCUUCCCAGACAGCCUCUCCCUCUGUAUUAGUCAAGGACGAGCCCAGACUCAGCUAUUCCCAGAUAGAUUGCGACGACUUCAUCGACGACGACGACGACAUCUUCUCCCAGAAAUCAGACUCAGUCCAAAACACUCCAGACAGAGGCAACACUGACCUCCAUUCGGACAACAAGGGGCAUUUAGAUGGCUUCACAGAUUUAUUUCACAGUCAGGAGAAAGAGCCAGAUGUUGUUACACUGUCUGACGAUGACGAUGACGAGGACAAUCCGUGGUUGAUGAGACUUUACCAGAGUCAGUUGUUGAAUGAGAGUCAGAUUAAGGAGGAAAAAGGAGGCGAUGAUGCUGUUAACCUGCAGGCUGCUCUCCAGGAUCUCAAUCGUUUGAAUUUACCAAAUGACGAUGAUGAAGAGGAGGAGGAGGAGGGGAAAGACCAGAUGGAACAGGUUGAUGUCGAGGAUGACAUCGAAGAACGUCUUCCUCAGGUUGAGAAAGUAAAAAAAGUGUCGAAGGACGAAGCGGUGGCCAUCGUUGAGCCCAAAAGAAGUAAAUCGAAGUCAUCGACAUCCUCUACGAGGAGCGCAAAAUCAUCGAUCAACACGAGAGCUCAGGAGCCUGGGGAAAGUGGAGAGCGUGAAGACUCGAAGAAAUUGAGGGAUUCUAAAGCGCCUAAAGUAUCUAGGCAGUCCAAAAAAAUUAUAGACAGGACUAAAAAACAUGAAAUAUCUAGGAAAUCCAGAGUCAGUGUAUCUAGUCACGAUGAUCAUUCUGAUGAUUCUGAGCGCAAGAAGCAUAAAGAAAAGUUACAUAAAAAAAAAGAGAAAGUCGAGACGAGAAGUGGUAAACUAGAGAAGUUGUCAGUGAAGAGUUUCUACAAGUCAAAAUCUGAGGACGAGGAGGAGAGGAGAGCUCUGUCUUUCGACGAGCCAUCGACAUCGAGAAGAGAUAGCAUAGAGUCAAUAAUCUCGAGAAGAUUUAGCGGUGAAAAGUCGCCCCUGGAAUCCAAGCGGGUGAAAAAGAUCCAGCAGAUCGAUCCCCCCUUCCUCAAGAAAGGAGAGAGACGAGGAAUCAGCUGUGGUAUAAAAAAAUUCGACGGGUCCAGCGAUCCUAAUGCUUCAACGUCGUUGGGAAAUGCUGAUGACUUCGGUGAGGACUCAAGUGACUUUCGCCCGUCUACCUCCAAAUCGGAGAGACUCACAGCUAAAGAGAGAAAGGAGAUGGCGAACGACGAUAAGAUUCGGGACCUUCUUUACAAGAAAGAGCAGACAAAACGAAGACUCCAGCACAAAUGGGCGGACUGUCUACCACCAGGGCAACGUCGACGCUCCUCCCUAUCCAAAUCCAAGAGGGACGAGAUAAAGCACGAUCGAAAAGAAAAGCUCAAGCAAUUGGCAGUCGAGAAUAAGAAACAGACGUCCAGUGAUUUGCCAGAGAAGAGAACUUGCAAACCCAAGGCCAAAGUCUCCAACAAAACUCGUGGUGAUUUUCUCAUUGAAGAUACAGAGAACAACUCCAAAAUCCAUUCUAUAUCAAAGAAAUCCCGAAAAUCCGUCGAUGAGAGCGAAAUCUCCAGUCCAAAUGUCUCUACGACUCUUAAAACUCUGGGAGAUAAAAGCGACAAUGAAGUGCCUUCGGAAUCAAUUCGAAAAUCCCCGCGGAAGAUAAAACUGAUACCAUCGCUUCCGGAGGCGUCGUCGAAAAAAUUUACUACAAAAAACAUAAAGCAAGCCAGUAUUAAACUAAUUGACAUUUUUAAGACGACGAAGAUUACUAAAAAGGAUAAAGAGAAGGAGAAUCGUGCGCCGAAUGACAGCAAAAAGAAGGUGACAUUCAGUACUGAAGAGCCUCAGGUUCGCGAAUUCGAGAUAGACCCUGGAAAUACCCUGAGAAAAUGUAUACAAAAGGAUGCACUACUCCCACAGAAAUUCUCGAGACCUGUCAAUCAGCCAGACCCCGCGAUAAACAAUCCGAAGCUCGAGGAGUUCCUUCUGAAGCUUUUCCACUGGAAUCCAGCGUGGUUGAAGGAGCAGUUGGCCAUCAAGGAGCCACCACCAGUUGUCGAUUAUAGUUCCCUGAAGCCCCUGCUCUCAGCCUACUCCUCCUACGACGACUACUACAGGAUAACAUCUCCACUACUGGCCCUGGAGCUCUGGAAUGGAAUAUCCAAGGACUUCGAGAUGGACGAGCAGAGAUCCAAGCACCCACCGAUCAUGGCCUGCAUCACGCCUAACACAAUCACCAGACAGCCUGUACCCAACACGAAUCUCCUAGUCACAACAUUUCUCCUGCAGGCUGUAGUCACCAGAGAAGAAAUCACUAGGCAGCAGCAACCAGUGGUAGGCGAUCUCGUUAUCUUCAGGAUCGUUCUUCGAAAGAAUGAAAAUCGCCAGUACCACACGAUCUUCGCUUACGUCUCCCAGGUGGAUCAGAGAGUCAUCACACCCUUCAUGAAGUACAAUCAAAAAUUGUUGGAGCACGUGAAGAACCCUCACACGCUGCUGACGUACUCCGUAAUGACUAAACCCCUGCCUAACAACGUCGAAGUUGAUAAUGUUCAGAAACUCAUGACAGUCAGUUAUCUCCGAUCUAGCAUGAGAAUGAUUCAAGCACUUCAGUAUUUACCCGCUUCACCACUCCUCAAACAAAUCCUCCAGCCAACAGUCGCCGAGUAUCAGCUCCCCAAUGUUGGCAAUUACGAGUCGUAUUCUCUCACGACGAAGGAAAAGCUCAAUGCCAAGCAGAUGGAGGCUGUGAUGAAAAUUACGGAAAUAGUCGUGAAACGAAUUCCCAAAAUUUGUAUGAUUCAGGGUCCUCCUGGCACUGGCAAGUCGAAGGUCAUCGUUAAUACUGUGACGGAAAUUCUUUAUGGAAAAAAUCGGUAUCAGCAUCACAAACCCACGAGAAUUCUCGUGUGUGCUCCAUCCAAUGCAGCCAUUGACGAGAUUGUUCUCAGGCUCAUGGAUAUUCGUACUAAUCUGCCCAAGGAGCAUCGCUUCAAGAUGGUGAGAAUUGGAAAGCAGGACGCAAUGCACAAGACUGUCAGAUCAAUAUCGGUUUGUGAAUUGGCUAAACGCGAUGUAGAGAAGACCACUACAGAGUACUGCAAUGGACAGAAUAUGGAGAGCAUCGAGGAGGAGAAGAAUUUUCUCAAGGCAAGAAUCAAUGCCAUCGAGUCUGAACUCGAGUAUUCCAAAGGGAAGGACGAAAAUUGUAGACAGUACAUAAUGAGAAAAUUGACUGGUGUAAAAGUCAAGUACGAUUUACUGACGAAUCCUCGAAGUGUUGAGAAUGGAGUCAAUCCAAGACAAUUGGCCAAACUCCAGAGAUCAGCUGAGAAUACUAUUCUGUCUGGAGCUGACAUCAUCACCUGCACCCUUUCAUCGUGUUACACUAAUCAGAUGGAGGCGAUAUUUGGAGGGAACAAGGAUAAAAUAUCAGUUUGCAUAGUGGAUGAGGCAACGCAGAGUGCAGAGGCUGAAACAUUAAUUCCUUUGAUGCUGGGUGUAAACACUCUGGUGCUCGUUGGUGAUCCUCAUCAAUUGCCUGCCACUGUUAUAUCUCAGGAUGCCAAAAAACUGGGGCUCGAUCAGUCCCUCUUUGCCAGGCUGUACAAUGCAUUUGAUGGACAACCAGGAAAUCCUGUUAUUAUGCUCGAUACUCAGUACAGAAUGUCGUAUCCCAUCGCCUACUGGCCAAAUCGUUACUUUUAUGCAGGUGCCCUCAAGAACUCAGCCAAUUUGAAAUCACUGCCAUUUCACUUUUAUCGAGUUAUCAAUCUGGCCUCCAAACAGAGUGAUGACAGGUUCUCAAAUACCAAUGAAGCUGCUUUUAUCAAAACUAUAAUCUUCACGAUGAUGACGUACUCGAAGCUCGAGACUAUGGGAGAUGUGCUGAAAGUGGGAAUAAUCACACCUUAUAAUAACCAGAAGAAUAUUCUCAAUGGGAUGAUCAGGGAUAUGAGUAGUGGGAUAUCUGAGGAUGUUAGAAAGAAGUUUCAUAUCGAGGUAAAUACGGUUGAUAGUUUCCAGGGGCAGGAGAGAGAUGUUAUCAUUAUGUCGUGUGUCAGGAGCUCGGGAAUUGGGUUUUUGUCAGAUCGCCAGAGGCUGUGUGUGGCUUUGACGAGGGCCAAACACAGUCUGUUCAUCUGUGGAAAUUUCCGGACCUUCGAGAGAGACGAUAUGUGGAAGACUCUCCUGGCUGAUGCUAGAUCACGUGGGAUUUACGUCGAUGGUAGUUACGGGGCUGGACCAAAUAUUGUUAAGAGGUACAUUAUGAAGGAAUCGCGUUGAGUUUUUUUUUUCUCUUUUUUGUGUACAUAUGUGAAUAAUUGAGGAGUU